CAAGCCAAGACGCCAAGAGAGAGAGAAUGAGCAAGAUAUCUGCGCCGCCGAGUCGGUUUCUUCAGUACCACACACAAAACAUCAUGACAGGGGACAAAGUAAGAGUCUCGUUUGAUAUGUACAGGUUGGGUUACGGUGAAAAAUACGUCCGUGUUAGAAGAAAGUCCCGCUCAGAGAUUCGGCCUAGGAAACCGAAAUGUGAUGAGACGGUAUAUUAAAGAUGCGUUGCAGCCGCGCGCUGCUUCCCAUCUGGAAUACGACCUCGAGAGGACCGACUAAAGCCAUCGUCCAAGCAGCACCAGUUUCGGUUUCCCAACAACUGCACAAUGCUGUCGCAGAAUGGCGUUCUGCUCCUCGGCGUCCUCGCCAGCCUGCCGCUCCCUGCGGUGCUGGCCGACGGACGAGGACUGAUCGGAUGGGGCAAGACCAUGUACCAUCCACCCUGUGCCUUCGCCUGUCGAGGAGUCAUCAAAGGAUGUCCGCUCCUCUGUACACCAACACACGGCGGCGAGGUCCACGGCUCGGGCCACUCAACCACGACGACGCCGCCAGAAUGCUACACCAGCGACGACGCCUUCCUCCGCACCAUGGCACUCUGCCUCGAUACCUACUGUCCGCUGUCCGACAACGCGCCCAGGAGCCUGCUCGAGGACUACUGGGCUGCCCACCUCGCGACCGGCACCGUGGGCGACUACCAGUGGAAGCCCGUGGUGUCAUACUCGGAAGCUCUGGUUGCGGCGCGGGCGGACGAGGCGCGGGUCUCGGAAGGCCACGGGACCAACGCCACCAACACCGACGCCCACGGCGGACAUGGGAAGAUCAAGGCCAGGCACGAUCACGGCGGCGGAUCUGACGACUCGGGAACCGGCACCCUGGGCACACACAGCGCGCUGCCGACCAUCAAGGCUAAGCAGCCCCUGAACGUAACCAGUUUUGUCGCCGAGGCCGACUGGCAGAAGCAGUACAACGGCAUGACGUCGUUCGAAAUCAACGAGACUGGCCAUGCCACGUACACGAUCAUAGUAACGCUCGUUGCGCUCUUCCUCCCUGUCGUACUCGCCUUCGCCCGUUUCGUGCCCGGUAUCACUCGAAGCCGAACGUGGACGUGGCUCAACUCAACCAUCAUUCACCCUGCCGUCUGGGGUACGAAGCACCGCGAACCGGUAGCCAUCAAAGCCGGCGGCGGAAUCGUCCCGACCCGAGGUCAAGCUCUGUACAUCGCCGUCAUCAGCUUUCUGAACGUCAUAUUCCUCCUGGCCCCGUACCACAUGAUCCAACCGCAGUCCUCUUUCGCCACGAGCCAGCAGCAGGAGAUCAGCGUCAUCGGCAACCGGGCGGGAAACCUGGCCCUCGGCAACAUGGUCGCUCUGUUCUUCUUCUCGGCAAGAAACAACCCGCUGCUCGUGCUCAGCGACUGGAGCCACGGCACCUUUCUGCUACUGCACCGCUGGCUGGGCUACUGGACCAUCCUCCACACCGUCCUCCACUCCAUCAUGCUUCUUGUCUACUACAAAAUGUUUGGGGAUUACGCCGCUGAGGAGGCCAAACUAUACUGGAUCUGGGGCAUCGUCGGCACAGUGGCGGCGGUUUUGAUCUGGCCUGCCUCCCUGCUCGUGGUCCGCCAGAAGGCCUAUGAGCUUUUCCUCUCCCUACACCACUUGCUCGUCGCCCUCUUCCUCAUCGGCUUCUACUACCACAUCUGGUAUUGCUACACGUACAACUGGGGCUACGAGAUCUGGGCUUUCGUCGCGAUUGCCGUCUGGGGCCUCGACCGCAUCUGGAGACUGGUGCGCAUGGUCCUCAACGGCGUUCGCACUGCCAUCGUGACGCCGGUAGAGGGGUCCGACGGGGACUAUUUGCGGAUCGAGAUCGAGAACGUGCAUGCCCAUGGCGUCGUGUACCUUUGCUUUCCUACCCUUGGCUGGAGAUUCUGGGAGAAUCAUCCCUUCUCCGUUGCUUCUUCGUUUGCGGGAGGCCAUACCCAACCGCCAACCACCUCCAUCAGCACCUCGGUUUCCCACGACGAUCCCGAGAAGUCGGCCGCAGACUCGCCAUUCGAUAUACGAACCGACGCUAAGACCCAUACUAUCGCAAUGGGAAGCAACAAGGUGCCGGGUCCCCGAGCAACCUUCAUCGCUCGGACACUCACGGGAAUGACCGCAAAGCUGAGUGCCAAGUUGACAGCGACCGGCGGCGGUCCGCUUCGCAUCCCGGUUCUGGUAGAAGGCUCGUACCACUCCAACGCCACGGCGAAGCUGUCACACUGCACCUCGCUGCUCUGUAUCGCCGGUGGCGUCGGCGUCACCGCCGUGUUGCCGAUUGCGCGCUCCUUCGAGGCCCCUCGUCGGUCCCGUCUCGUGUGGGGUGUCCGUCACGAAACCCUGGUCGCGGCGUUGGAGCCCGAGAUGGGCCAGCUUCCGAAACACGUGGGUCUCAGCAUCAAGAUUGGCGAGCGCAUCAACAUCGACGCCGUCCUUCGCGAAGAGCUGGCAAGGGACGGCGAGAGCGGUCCCGUCGGCAUUGUCGUCUGCGGUCCGCCGAGCAUGACAGACGAGGUGCGGUCAAGGUUAUCGGAGUUGGGGAGGACGGAAGGAGCAAGGAAGGCGUUUGUGCUUGUGGACGAGGCAUUCAGCUGGUAGUGACACGGAUGGUUAGUCUGUGGUACGUUGGCAUAACUCGUAUAGAAACCAGAACUGUAGAAAUAAUCAGUCAUCACCAACACGUAUCGCUCCCCCCUCUCCCGUUGUUCAAUCAGAUAUAAUACAACAAUCACCCCUUUGCACAAUACUGUGCAAAGUUGUCCACAAACUAGGCGCACUGAGUCUAGCUCGUCCUAGUCCCUCUCUCCCUCCCCCCCCCUCUCUCUCUCUACGAACCAGUUCCAUCACAUAAGUCUCUUCUUGCCCUGUAGUGUUGCAGAAGAGACGUGCUCAUCGUCACAAGGCCACAAACCACCGACUCUCUACUUGGUCAACCUGUUCCGCUU